AAUCCCAGACAUCUUGCAAUCCUAGUCUUGCACGGCAAUUCAGCACCACCAGGUAUUUGCUCGAGGGACGAGACAGAGGAGUGCGGCUUUACAUCUCGGGCGUCCGAAGCCUCUGAUCUGCCCGCACGAUGAAGCUUUACAAGGCUCUCUUCGUGCUCUAUCUUGCCGCCGUAGCAGUCAACAUUGCCAAUGGCCAGGGGAGCGGCAAUGGAAAUGACAACGGCCAGUACAAUGUUGGUGGCGGAAACGGAGGUGCAAACGGCAACAACAACCUCGGGAACUUGAAUGGGAACGGCAACGGUGCCUACAACACCGGAAACCAGAACGGAAACGUCAAUGGCAACUACAACAUUGGCAACCUGAACGGCAAUGGCAACGGCCGUGCCAACACCGGUAGCAACAAUGGAAAUGUCAAUGGCAAUGGGAACGUCGGGUCCAGCAAUGGAAACAACAACGGUAUCGGCAACGUCGGCGACGGCAAUGGCAACGGGAAUGGAAACGCCAAUGGAGUCGGUGACCCGAUCUUCACCGGCUUUGCCGGCCGGUCCUUCGAGUUCAUGGGCCUGCCAGGCCACUUCUACAACGUCAUGUCUGAGCGCAACCACCAGAUCAGCGCCAAGCUCAAGGUGGGAGUCAUGUGGGACCACAACGGCACCUACAUGGAGGGCAUCGGCUUCCACUACCGUUCCCACAAGGUUGUCAUCGAGCUGUCCGCCGACACCGUCACCGUGACCCUGGACGGCAAGCCGCUGACCAUCGCGGCAGGCCAGAACGAGCUGGACCACAUCGUGGAGUCUGCUGACGUGGACGCUGCUCUGACCGUCAACUGGCAGAAGCACCGCGCCGACCUGGGCGAGUCCGUCGAGCUGCAGACCGAGCUGAUGAGGGUGUUGGUCUGGGUGACCGCUGCUGGCACUGUGGACGAGGGUGGCGUGGAGCAGCCAGCCUACCUCAACUUUGACACCACCCUCCUUGCCGCCCCCCUGGGCAACGAGAUGUCGGGCAUCGUGGGAGAGACAUACGAGCGCCUGCUGGCCGGAGCCGACAAGGUGACGGACCCGUCCCACCCUCUCUACAUCGCGGACGACUUCAUCUUCCACGGCAAGUUCGAGGAGGAGCAGUACACGAUGGCCGGCUACUUUGACGACGGCAGCCACGCUCUCAGUCUGCUCGGCAAGAAGAUGAUCUCUGCCUCCCGCCGCCUCCUCACAGAGGCCGCCUCCAGGAUGGAGUUCCCUCUGCGCGCCGGCGGCGGCCGGGACAACGCCGCGAGGCGCCACCUGGCCGAGGGCAUGCGCCCGGCCUCGGCAGCUGCCGUGCAGUUUCCCAUCCACGCUAGCGGACACGGCAUCAUCAGGAAACUCGCCGUGAGGCCAGCGGCCGCAGCCAAGUUCACAGCCACCGGCGGUCGCCGCGGCUUGUGA